AUGCAGGCCGGCUUCCCGGCAGAUGGUUCGAUUGAGUUGCCCGACCUCUCGCAGCACUCAAACCUCGUGGCAGAGGUAUUCAGGAAAGACCCGGGUCUGUACGAUCGAUUGAAGGAGAGGCGCACAAAGCUCGGCACCCGCCUGGCCCGCUGCAUCAAGUCUGCCGUCGACGUGCCCCACAGUGGCGAUGCAUGCUUGUUUGCAGGAGAUGAGGACUGCUUCGAUACUUUCUCAGAGAUCUUCGAUGUGGUCAUCUCUCGGCUACAUGGUUUACUUCCUGCAGGCGAUGUGGUCUGCCCCUCGCCUCCACGUCGAACCUCGAAGUCUGCGUCCCGUGCGGACGCCGAGCGGGUGGACCCGAAGCGAUUGGACCCCACAGGGCACACCAUCCACUCGGUGGAGGUCUCCGCUGUGCGGAACCUCCGCGGCUUCCGCUUUCCAGCCGCCAUGGACGCUGCCGAACGUGCGGAGGUGGAGAUGCUCGUCGCCAAAGCGAUCCGGGGGUUAGCCCCGGCUGUGACAGGUGUGUAUUUUCCGCUCCGGCAGUCGACCAGCUACAUGCCAAGACUAGGUGGCAUGGACGAGUUCGAGGAAGCACGACUCCAGGCCGCCGGGCUUCACUUCGGCCUUCCCGAGGAUGCGGCAGCGCUGGCCAGUGGAAGCUACGAUAACUGGCCUCAUGGUCGAGGGGUCUUUGCCUCUGCCGAUCGCGACUUGGCCGUGUGGACGAACCGGCAGGAGCACCUGACGAUUGUCUCUGUUGCCAUGGGCGAUGGCUUGGGGAAAGUCUACAGGAAGCUGGUCAGAGCCCUCGAUGGCCUUGGGCAGAUCAUCCAGCGGGGAAAACCGGGUGCAGAAGAGGCCUUUGCAACAUCGGAGCGCCUGGGCUUCCUGACCUCGGACUUACACCGCCUGGGUGCCGCUCUCCAGGCCAGCGUGCUGCUAAAGCUCCCGCGGCUGGCAGCCAUGGAAGCCUCCCAUCCAAGCAGCGCCGCAGGCAGCUGGAGGUCUUGGGCCGGCUUGAGGCGCGUGAAGGUGGAGGCAGUCUCCACUUUGGCCUCCGGUAAGGAGGUGGAGGGCUACUUCCGCAUCUCCAACAUGGACGUCUUCAACGCGACCGACGAGGAGAUCCUAUCGUCUCUCGAAGAGGUGGCCUUUCGUCUGGUUGUCGCCGAGCAACAGAUCACAACGCUCACAGCUGACUCCGACCAGCUGUUCCCCAUCCUCACUUCAGUCCUCUCCGCGGCAGAGGCCCGUGGCGAAAGCCGCACGUCGCUGUUGAGCGUGUUUUCGGGUGUGAUGACAGCAUCUGGGACGGAUGGUGAGGAGUUGACACAGGAAAUGCUGGCCGCGAUGAUGCGCGAGGCUACGCCGCAGGAUGCUUCCCGCCCGGGGCACGCCGAGGAAGAAGAGUUGGGAUCGCUGAAAGACAGGGUGCGGUUGGCCAUGUAUUCCAAGCUCGAAGACGGCUCGCUUGAUCAGGCCUUGCAGGACGCUGCGGACACCUCAGGUGCGCAGCAUUUCUCCGACCUGCCCCCGCCUCCACCCCCUCUCGAUGCCUGUGACGACGGGGAUAUUGAGGCCGAUGCCGUGAGCCAAAGACCCGCCCACGCAGCGGCGCCCCGGAAGGAGCUGCAAAGCUUGGAGAAGGAGCCCGAGACCGAGCCAAUGCCAGCUGCAGAAGAGGCUGCACGGCAGGCGGCGCAGGUGCAGCGGCAGCCGACUCCGCAGGAGUUGGCAGCCCUGCGGCGGCGCACGGCGGAGCUCCUGGCUCAGGCCGCCGAUUCUGGUGGGCUAGAGCAGAUUCUGACGGAGGUGAAGAAGGAGAUGUUUGACGAAGUGAGGAACAAGGUCGCUGGCCUUCUUACCGAGGCCGCAGACAAUGGCGCUCUCGAGAAGAUCCUUCAGGACGUGAAGACCAAUGAUGUCCAGGACCCGAAGUGGGAGCUCCGUCAGAAGGCAGCGAAGCUGCUUUCCGAGGCUGCUGAUACCGGGCUCUUGGAGAAGAUCCUGAAUGACAAGGAGCGGCCAAACAAGGCCGCGCUGCCGGACGAGCUCCGACAGAAGGCAGCAAAGCUUCUGUCUGAGGCUGCUGAUACCGGGCUCUUGGAGAAGAUCCUGAAUGACAAGGAGCGGCCAAACAAGGCCGCGCUGCCGGACGAGCUCCGACAGAAGGCAGCGAAGCUUCUGUCUGAGGCCGCCGACAGCGGGCUGCUGGAGAAGGUGUUGGGAGACCAGGAGCGUUCCAAGAAGGCAUCGCAGGAGUCGAUUCGUCAGAAGGCGGCGAAGCUUCUUUCUGAGGCCGCCGACACCGGGCUGCUGGAGAAGGUGCUUGGAGACCAGGAGCGUUCCAAGAAGGCCGCGUCUCAGGAGGCGGUCCGUCAGAAAGCGGCGAAGCUUCUGACUGAGGCCGCGGACACGGGACGUCUCGAGAAGGUUCUCGAAGAUCAGGAGCGUUCCAAGAAGGCCGCGUCUCAGGAGGCGGUCCGUCAGAAGGCGGCGAAGCUUCUGACUGAGGCGGCGGACACGGGACGUCUCGAGAGGGUUCUCGGAGAACAGGCGUCGAAGGUCAACAAGGAGAAGGGAGACGACUCCCCCAAGAAGGCUGGCGGCGCCAGCGUCAGGGAGCGAGCUGCGCAGCUCCUCUCCGAGGCUGCCGAGAAUGGGGAGCUCGAGAAGGCGUUGGCGAAGCUGGGGCCGAAUCCCACAUCGUCGCCUGAGGAUGAACUCUCGGAAAUCCGCGCCGCUGCCAAGGCCUCGUUGUUGGAGGCCGCCGAGAAUGGCGCCCUGGAGCGCAUCGUUUCGGAUCUCCAGAUGGAGAAGGCGGGCCAUCUUGCGAAUGUUCGGGCUGCGGCUGCCGAGCUCCUGGCCGAGGCCGCCGAGACAGGGCGCUUGCAACAGGUGCUCGGGGAGGUCCAGCAGAGGAGGGCCAAGGCCGAUGAGGCCAGCCUCUUAGAGGUGCGGCAGAGGGCGGCCAUGUUGCUCUCUGAGGCUGCCGCCGAUGGCAAGCUCGAGAAGGUCCUCAAAGACAUCCACGCCAAGGAUGGGCAACCUGAAUUGCCAACGGCUGAGGACCGCCUGGCCGCCACUCGAGCCAAGGUGCGAUCGCAGUUGCAGGAGGCGGCAGCGGACGGUCGGCUGGAGAAGGCCCUUGGGGCUGUGGGCAAGGAGGCCGGCAAAACUGCUGCAGCGGCAGAGGCCUACAACUACGACUCGGAUUUCGAGGAGUUUCUGUCGAAGCCGAAGGCCGAAGAAGCGGCCUACAGCUACGAUUCGGACUUCGAGGAGUUCCUGUCGAAGCCGAAGGCGAGCUGGAUCCGAAGUCAGAUCCUCGCCGCUCUCAACGACGGCUCCCUGGAAGAGGCCGGGAGCAAAGACGGCGAGAGCGCCAACAGCGGAAUAAUGAAUUUGUCAAGCCUUUUUUGCGAUGACGUUGGUGGCGGUGCAGGUGCUGGUGAUGAUGCCGAGAGAGUUGCUCUGGUGGUUUGUUUGGCCGUGGGUUCGUAUCAGGCCAUGGCGACGGAGGGGACAGUUGCGACGGUGAUUUUUGUAGCUCGUUCGGAUGAGGAUAUUGGUGAUGUCGCCGAUGGUGGAGAGACUGAUGCUGGCGGUGAUGAUGCAAUGAUACCGAUAUUCCCCAUCUGCAUCAUGGUCAUGAUGAAGCUGUACUCUAGCUCUGUUCAUGACAUUGAAGAUGGUUGUGGUUGGGACCUCAGCAGCUCCGCAGGUGAGGCCGCGGAUGAUGUGCGCCAGAGAAUCGAAAAGCAGCUCAUCGCAGCUUUGGAGGACGGAUCCCUCGAGGAGGCACCGAUCGCACGAGCACGAAAGCCAAAGGCGCUUAGGAUGGUGGUGACGGCGACGUUGGCGGCGAUGGUGGCCAGUGACCAUGUUGACCUGUAUGCGUAUGCGUGUGAGGAGGAAGCUCCUUGGUGA